UUCUGCCUGGUAAAGCCUUACAGACUCGACAAAGUCUCCCGAACGGCAACGUCGACGCCAUUUUGUGGUGGUUUUUGUGAACAUUAAGAUGUUUGUGCCGGUGUUUUGUGAGAACUGAAGAUUUUUACCGCUGUCUUCUUGUAUCUGAGAACAUGACGCAGUUUCUACCGCCAAAUUUGUUGGCCCUAUUCGCCCCGCGUGAUCCUAUACCGUAUUUACCACCGGUUAACAAGCUCCCGCAUGAAAAGAAAAAUGGAGGCUACAUCGGUGUUGGAGGUUUUCUUAAAUAUUUCGAGGAGCCGAAAGACACACCGCCACCAGUGCGCGUGGAGACGAGGGAAGAACGUCUUGAACGCAGAAGAAGAGAACGCGCCGAGCAAGUGGCGUAUAAAUUGGAGCAAGAGAUUGCAGUAUGGGAUCCAGCUGGUAUCCCAAAUGUAACAGCGGAUCCUUUUAAAACUCUUUUUGUAGCUCGAAUAAAUUACGAUACAUCUGAAUCGAAACUUAGAAGGGAAUUCGAGGUAUACGGUCCAGUAAAAAAGAUAGUGGUAAUUCAUAAUACAAUAAAUGGCAAACCUAGGGGAUAUGCUUUCAUUGAGUAUGAGCACGAACGAGACAUGCACUCGUGGUGGCCGCUGCCGGCAACUAGUGCCGUUCACUAUUCCAUGCAAUCCCUGAACCUGCCUGAUAUGAUAGCUGCUUAUAAGCAUGCGGAUGGUAAGAAAAUAGAUGGUCGCAGAGUGUUGGUGGACGUCGAACGAGCUAGAACUGUGAAGGGAUGGCUUCCGCGGAGGCUCGGCGGCGGUCUCGGUGGAACGCGAAGAGGCGGUCCCGACGUGAACAUUAAACACUCUGGUCGGGAAGAUAAUGAAAGAGAGCGAGAACGGUAUCGUUUGGAACGAGAGAGGGAGAAUUCUGGACGCCUUGAUAGAGACAGAGAUCGCGAUCGCUUGGAUAGAGAGCGCAGAAGGUCCCGCGAUCGUAAAAGAAGAACAAGAAGCAGAUCGCGCGAUCGGAAACGUAGACGAAGCCGCGAUCGUUUACCCGAUCCGGACAUUGAGGAGAUUCAGAGAGACGAACGGCCGCGCGACAGGAGAGAUCGUGAUCGCGAUCGUGAUCGCGACCGGGACCGUAAGAGAAGACGUUCCAGGAGUAACGAUCGUGAUCGCGACAGGGACCGUAAGAGAGACAAGCGCGAUCGUGAUCGCGAACGUAGAGACAGAAAGGAUCGGGGUGAUCGUCAAGACGAGGACACGAAAGAAAUCCGGAUCAAGGAGGAGCCUUUGGAUGAUUACCCCGACUACAGUAACACGUUCUCAACGUCCGGAUCAUACUUCACCGCUGUGAAAUAUGAAGAUGAUAACGAUCAAGAAGUAGAAGAAAAAUACAGAAUUCCAGAAGGUCGUCCAGAUCCCCCUCCCUACAACAACUAUGAUUCCGUACAAGACUAUUGAUCUCGAUGAUAUUGCAUUGAUCUUGCAUUGUUCUUUUUCGUUCCCCCCCUCCACGCACGAUAACUUAACGUAAUUGCCAAUAAUGUAUUGUAUUUCCUACUGUUGUUAGAGUGUAACAAUGAAUUGUCUACAUUGAGUAUGUAGUUUCUGUAGAAUCUGCAGCGACCAGAUGCUCAAAAUGAGGAUAUUGCAAGGUAAGCAGAUUUGGAUUAAUGAUUUAUAUACAGGAUUUAUAUACAGUUACUUUUAAUUUGAUCGGUUCGAAAUUUUAUAUACUUGCGAUUGACAUGGUAACAAAACGACGAGUCAAUCUAGGUUCAUGAAAUUCAAUUACUGUAGCAAUUUGUGUGUGUGUGUGUGUGAAACCUCGCAAUAUGAAACUGGUAGGUCAAUAAACAUUCGAAUUUGCGCCUAUUAUAAUUUCAAUAUUCAGUUUAAAUAUGUACAUAAAUACAUACGAGAUAUAAAGUUAGUUCUUUCACAAUUGCUACAUGUAUAUUUAUAUAUGUAUAAAUAAAUAAAGUAAAUUAAACACUUA